AUGUCGCUCCUCGAGAGCCAUCUGGAGCAGAUCAGCCUCUCUGCCAAUGCCAUCUCAGAGCUGGCGUUUCCCCCGCCCAAGAUCUUUACCAAUGCCUUGCUGAACUCCCACGACAUCACCGCCCUGAUCAGGGACACCGAGGCACAUGAACGCGCCCUCUUCUCCAUCGACCCGUCUGCCAAGUCCCUGUCGUCGUCCCAGAGACGGGCCACGCGACGAGGCACCGUCUACCCCUCCGAAGGAGCGGGCGAGUCCAUGGCCAGUCGCAUCUACGCUGCACGAAACAACAGGAAUCAAUCUGCGGUGGCCCGGGUGCUGGGGGUCGACAUGAUGGAGGAGAUCAAACGCUCUAGCAGCGCCUCCGCCAGAGCACCGCGGGGAGAGAUCAACGUCGAGGUCCUCCUGAAAGGCGCCGAGAAGCUAUGCAACGUCUAUCCCAUUGCCGGUGCUGCCGAGAAAAUCUCCACGCUGCGCUAUCGCUACCAGCAAGUAACCGAGUCCCUUGCUCAGCUCGAAGCGCGGGUCGCCGCCAAUGCCGCAGAACUCGAACGCAUGAGCCAGGCUUAUGGCCACGAUGACGACGACUUUGAGGACUUGGACACGCCGCAACAGGAAGUGGUGAAUGUCACAGAUGAGGACAUUGCGCGAGAACUCGAAGAGAUUCGCAAACUGGAGCGAAAGAAGCGCGCUCUCGAAGAACGAGUGUCUGGGAUGGAACGAGAUCUGGGCGGUCUGAUGCGAUGA